AUGGAUUGGAAAGAACUAACACCAAUCGGUUUUGAAUUUAAUACAUGGGAAAGUAUGAAAAAAGAAGGAUGGACAUUCCCAGAAUUAAAGAGAGAAUUUAAAAGAGGUGUACUUUCACAUGCACAAACUGAUAAACCACUUUACAUGUUUUUAGGUGCUCAACCAAUCGUUGAAGGUGACUAUGCAUUUAAUAUGCCAUAUAUUGUUGUUUUUGAUUGUCCAUCACCACCACCAUCAAAAAUUUGUAAAGCAUCAAUUCAAGGUGGUAGUGAAGAUAUUUACAAUUUCUCUGAUUUCCAUUUAUCAUGGUCUCCAUAUAUUCCAUCAAGAUAUUCCAAUCAAGCUUCAAAUAAAAAAUACAAAAUUUUUACAUUGAACUUACAAGAACGUCCAGGUAAAAAAAUCUCUGAAGAAAAACAAUUAAAUAUUCAAUAUUUACUUCCAUAUAUUCUUAUUCCAAAAAUUUUCAAAACAUUUUCAGUUACACCAAUUACAAAUGUUCAAUUCAUAUUAAAGGAUUGUAAAUUAACCAAAGAAGCUGGUGAAAAAUUAAUCAAAGAAAGAAAACAAGAAGAAGAGGCCUACAAGAAAUGGGUCGAAGAAAAUAAAGGUAAAAAGAAGGAUGAAAAAACAGCAGGUCCAACCAAACCACCAACUAAAUUACCAUUCAAAGUUUUGAAAGAUGCUGAUGGCAAAGUCACUGGUGUCACCAAAGAUUUUGAAAUCUAUUUCGAUAAAUUAUCCGAUAGUAUCAAAACAUAUCCAGGUGAAUUUGUUGAAGAUAAUGGUUUAGUAGAGGAGAUGACUGAAGUCAUUGAUAAAGCAAUCAGAGAUGAAUUUGUUAAAGCUAGAGCUGUUGCCCAAAAGAAAUAUGAUGAUUUGAAGGCUGAAAUCGAUUCUUACUCUCCAAAGAAAGCUGAAGAUUAUGACAACUGUAAAAUCUAUAAAUUCUAUCCACGUCAUAAAAAAUAUAAUAUUCAAAAAUAUGUUUCACCAGCAGUAAAUAGAUUCUUUGGUAAUGCUACACAAACUUUCCCAGAUGCUCUUAAACUCUCUUUAACAGAAUUAAAGGAAGUUGAUGCUGACCUUGUUAAAAAGAUUGCAGAUGAAGAUAAGAAAUCAUGGUCUUCAGGUAUUAAAAAAUCAAAAGAAACUCAAAUUGAUGAUGGUCGUUAUUCAGACUCUGAUGAAUCUUCAUCUGAAGAUGAAGAAUCUGAAGAAGAACCAAAGAAAGAGGUUGUUAAAAGAGUUGUUAAAAAAGCUGCUGCUAAACCAGCUCCAGUUAAACCAGCUCCAAAACAAUCUAAAAAGAAAGCUGCUGCUAAGAAACCAAAAGCUGAUGAAAAGUCUGAAGAAAAAGCUGAUGAAAAAGAAGAAAAAGAAGAAAAAGAAGAAAAAGAAGAAGAAAAAGAAGAAGAAAAAGAAGAAGAAAAGGAAGAAGAAAAGGAAGAAAAAGAAGAAAAGGAAACUAAAGCUGAUGAUAAAGAAGAAAAAGAAGAAAAAGAAGCUAAAGCUGAUGAAAAGAAAGAAAAAGCUGAAGAGAAAAAAGAAGAGAAAAAAGAAGAAGAGAAAAAAGAAGAAGAGAAAAAAGAAGAAGAGAAAAAAGAAGAAUCUAAAGCGGAUGAUGCUGAAGAAAAAGUUGAAAAACCAAAAGCUAAAGUUUCAAAAGGUAAAAAUACCAAAGAAACCAAAGAAACCACCACUGCUACCAAAACUAAUGGUAAAAGAAAGGAACCUGAAUCAACAGCCAGUAAACCAGCUGCUAAAAAUACCAAAGAAACUAAAGACACUGAAGAAUCUAAAGAAAAAGCCACCAAAAAACCAAAAACCAAGUAA